AAGGGAGUAUUAACAAUAAUAAUAUUCCUCUCUCUCUCUCUCUCUGUGUCUAUCUACUUUUUUGUUCCAAUCAAUCAGUCUCUCCAUUUGAAGAAAUUAAAGAUGGUUGUUGUGGAUGGGAAGAAUUGCAGCAGCGUCGACGACUCUAAAGAAUUACGUGAAGAAGAUAAUACGGACUUAAGGAGAGGUCCAUGGACGGCCGAGGAAGAUCUGAAGCUCAUGAAUUACAUUGUUAAUAAUGGCGAAGGAAGAUGGAACUCUCUCGCUCGUUGCGCAGGAAUUAAUAGGACCGGAAAAAGCUGCAGAUUGAGAUGGCUCAACUAUCUUCGCCCUGACGUACGCCGCGGAAACAUCAAUCUCGAAGAACAACUCAUGAUUCUUGAACUUCAUUCUCGAUGGGGAAAUCGAUGGUCGAAGAUAGCGCAACACUUGCCAGGCAGAACCGACAACGAAAUCAAGAACUACUGGAGAACUCGUGUCCAAAAGCACGCCAAGCAACUCAAAUGUGACGUCAACAGCAAGCAAUUCAAGGACACCAUGCGUUAUCUAUGGAUGCCUAGACUUAUUGAGAGAAUCCAAGCCUCUUCAGCCGCAACCACCACCACCACCAACGGGGCCGUCGCUUCUUCUCGAACUGCCACCGCCGACCAAGUGAGCUUACCCUACGAACGUGCACACAUGAUGAUGACUUCCAGUUCUUACACUCCAGAGAACUCCAGCACUACUGGAACUUCCUCCUCCGACUCGUUUGGGACUUCGACUCAGGUUUCAUCGGACUUGGGCGUGGAGUAUAAUUACAACAAUAUCCCGGUUAACCACAACCUUAAUCCGGAUUACUAUCAAGCCAAUCAAGUCGGUAAUAAUUGCGAGGACUUGACUGUUAGUACUCCGUCCGGAUACUACUGUAAUAAGGGAUUAGAUUUCCAGGAACAAAACAACGUUAACCCAUGGUUGAACAGCGGGGACACAUCCGACAUUCUCUGGAAUGUGGAGGACAUUUGGUUCUUACAACAGCAACUCAACACCAUGUGAAGAGAUUGAAAAAAUAAUUAUUAUAGAUAAAACAAAUUAGGAUACAUAUAUACAUAUUGCAUAGAGAAAAUUGGGAUCAUACAAGUUCCAAUUGUGGAUUAUAACUAGUAGUGGUUAUUAUUGUAUGUUGUUCAUGAGUUUGUUUGGUUUUUUCUUUUUGUUUGUUUUGGGGGAGGUUUUUGUCAAUUAAUUGGUUAAUCUAAUUCUUUGAUAUUAGCUAUAGAUACUUGGUGGAUUUUUAAACCAAGUGAUUGCAUUAU